CACAGCGCGGGUCGCAAUCCAAGACACCCGUGGAAUUAUCUAGUGUGCCGCGGCGGCGACCAAAAAAGAAGGGAGGGUUCUAAGGCCCUUUGCCAACCCGUGACAGUGGCGUCGUCAUCCGAGGGAAACGGUGGGGGUGAAUCGUCCGCCCUGUUCUCCAAGUUCGGAAGCUCGCUGUUCGGGCCCACCAGCUCACCACAAAAGGUCGUAACCAAUAUCCGAGGAUUCCUGUCGAACCGGCUGACCGGAGUGUCCAUCCCCGAUACAGGAUGGAAAGAUUCGAUACUGUCACUUCCGAAGAAAUGGUUGUCCACGUCGGAGGCGACCGACGAGUUUGGGUUCCCGGAGAUGCUACCGAAAGUGCCCGUCCCAACGCUGGACCAAACGAUGGCCGAGUACCUGCGUGUACUGAGUCCCAUCGUGACGGCCCAGCAGUUGGACCACACUCGAUCCGUCAUUAAGCACUUCACUGCACCCAACGGGCCCGGCACCGCCCUGCAGCAGUAUCUGCUGGACAAACGCGACGCCGAUGACAACUGGGCCUAUUACUACUGGCUGAAUGAUAUGUACCUGGACAAUCCGCUCCCGCUGCCGAUCAACUCCAACCCGGGCAUGGUGAUGCCACCGCGCAAGUUCACCACCGUCAACGACAUCUCCCGGUUCGGGGCGCGGCUCAUCGACCAUCUGAUGCUCCACAAGGAGAUGCUCGACGGCGGUGGACUAAUCCAGGAACGGGCGACCUCCCGCGAGAAGGGUCAACCGCUGUGCAUGGCCCAGUACUAUCGUCUGCUAGGGUCGUGCCGUAGACCUGGGGAUCCGAGGGACAGCCAGUAUCUGCCGGAACAGAGGACCGACGAGCACGUGGUCGUUUGCUGCCGCAAUCAGAUGUACUGCCUCCCGGUGAAGGCCGGUGAUCGCGGCCGUCUCAACGAGGACGAGAUCGCCUCGCAGCUGCUGUACAUUCUCAACGAUGCGCCCUGUUUGGCGCGGAAACCACCCCGCAUCGGAGUUCUGACCACCGCGCAGCGUCCUCAGUGGGCCAGGGAUCGUCAGAUGUUGCUGCUGGAGGAGCAGAACGCCCGCAACAUCGAACUGAUCGAGCAGGCCCUCGUGCUGAUCUGCAUCGACGAGCCGAUCCCGUUGACGUACAACGCGCGCGGGUUCAACGGGUCACCGGCAGGGGCGCAUUACUGCGGCGGUCGUGACGAGAGCAACAUGGCGCAGGAGAUGAUCCACGGCGGCGGUUCGGAGUUCAACUCCGCUAACCGGUGGUUCGACAAAACCAUGCAGCUGAUCAUCUGCAACGACGGAACGUGGGGCCUGUGCUACGAACAUUCACCGUCCGAGGGCAUAGCCGUGGUACAACUGCUCGAGGGUAUCCUGAAAAAGAUCGACGAGAUGCCGGCCGAGGCUGGGAACGACACUGCCCAGAACCAUCUACCGCCGCCGGAGCGCCUGGAGUGGAUCGUUCGACCUGAAAUCGAUCUCCGAAUGCGGGAAGCCGCUCGCAGCAUUGACCGGAGCAUCGAGGACCUGGACUUUUACGUGUAUCGCUACAAACCGUUCGGCAAGAACUUUAUCAAGGCUUGCCAGGUCAGCCCGGACGUCUUCAUCCAGCUGGCACUGCAACUGGCGUAUUUCAAACUCUACGGCCACCUGGUGAGCACUUACGAAAGUGCCUCGACGCGGCGAUUCAUGCUCGGUCGGGUCGAUUGCAUUCGCUCGGCCAGCUCGGAGGCCCUAGAGUGGGCUAAGGCCAUGUGUCAGGGCGAGGGCGCCAACGUAACGCUCGAGAGUGACAAGGAAGACGACUACAGCGCCGAAGCGGCCAACGACGCCAAAAAAGUAACUUUCAGUAUUUACAGUAGAGAUAACUUGCGCGAGCUGUUCCGUUGUGCGGCGGCCCGUCAAACCGAAGUCAUGGUCCAGAACAUCCUAGGUCACGGCAUCGACAUACAUCUGUUGGGACUCAGGGAAGCCUCCAAGGAGCUUAACCAGGGUACCGUCCAUGAUCUGUUCACCGACGAUUGCUACAAAAUUGCAAACUGUUUCCUACUGUCCACAAGCCAGGUCGCCUGUUCCACCAACAGCUUCAUGGGCUACGGACCGGUCACGCCCCACGGUUACGGUGCCUCGUACAAUCCGCAUCCAAACGAGAUCAUCUUCUGCAUUUCGGCGUUCUUUUCGUCGGACAAAACGAGCGCCUCGCGGUUUGCCCGCUCGCUUCAAGAUUCGCUGGACGCCAUGCGGGAUUUGCUGUCCUAAAAAUCCACCGCUUCGAAGGCCUUAAAAAACGACGGGGAUUCCCCGAGAGAGGAAACCCCUAAUACGGUUAAAAUCCAGUUUCCGGAUUAAUUUUCACAACUGUGUAACCUUGACAGCUGUCAAAAUUACACGCUUGUUGGAAAACAAUUCUUUGGAGAUACCUACAACACGGAAUCUUAUUAACUAUUGCAUUGAACUAAAAACACAAACAAACAAAUCGAACGCAUACAUAUCAAAUAAAUGUGAGGUUUUAAAAGUUGAUACAACACUUUUAGUGGACCUCCAAGGGUAGAUCAUCCCGAGGAGGCCGAUCCAACCAAAGAAACAGGAACAUAUCAUUAGCUUGUAAGGUUUAUAUUAAGACACUAGGAAAAAUCGAAUCUACGAAACAUAUCACUGAAUAUAUACGAAGUAUAAAGUUAGUAAUAAUACUUACAUAUCCUAUUAACAUUUACUCAACAGUGUUGUUAUCAAUAUCGUUGCUGUAUGUGUAUAUCUAGUUGAACUUAUUAUGUUUGCCGGAUUCUAUGCAAAUUAUGUUACUCAAUUUGAAACUGCGUGUAGUAGCAAUACCCUAAAUAAUUUAAAUCAUAUCGAUUUAGAACUCUUGUUUGAAUAUAUAGAAACAAAACUAGCUCUAAUUUGUUCGGUUUUAUGUUCCAAAGGUGAAACAAAGCUUCACCUAUCAAGUCACCUUAAAUGCACAGUUGAAACAAUUUCGUGAUAUGUUAAGUUUGAAGUUGCUUUAAAAAAGAAGAUCUAAAAUUUUUAAAUAGCUUACAUAGGGUAAAUCACUAAUCGGUAUCAAACAUGCAAGAGAAGCUUGAUUUAUUCAUGUGACGUUUAGUUAUUUUGAAUGCUCGAAUCGUGCUGCUCUGGCGUCGCGAUUUUCAAGCUCCGAUCCGAUCGCAGCAGCCACAGAUUCGGGCGCCCGCACAGUAAAUUCUUGUCCAUUUGAAUCGAAAAAGCAAAAUCUUAGUAGCCAUAGAAAGAACACGCGCCGUACAAGUUGAGGUCCGACGACAGUGUUGAACAAAACUGAACAUCCCCACACACACUUGCGUGCAAGCUUGCACACAACUUUGCGUGCAGUUUGUCAGGAAGCACGGUGAAUGCUUGCAGCUCUAUUAUAAAUCAGCAAAAAAUAAGACACAAAUGCAGAACCAGUUUUAGGAAAAAAAAACAAUUGUAAAACAAGGUAUUAACAUGUGAAAACAACAAUAUUUAGCGAUGAGUUUGAAACUAGCGGUCGAGUUAUGUAAUAUAGCAUUUACAGUGAACCUGAUAUUAACUAAAAACAUAUCAAUAUGAUGAAAAAAUGACAAAUAUAACAAACUAAAUCUCUACAUAAGUCACAUUUUGAAGAUAGAAAAUUCGAACGACUGUAUUAUUUUGAAGAUUUUAUUUGAAACAAUUUUAUUUCAAAUAAUCUGACGAAUUUCAAGAUCAAGGUUGAAUUGUGUGGUCUCUAUGAAAUGUUAAAGUUUCAAAUAAUUUUCUUUAUAAAAAAAACAGUAUAAAAUUAAAUUAUAGUAUUUAAAGCCGGAAUAACAACUAGCAAAGUAGUAUGCUUUUAAAUGUGUUGCAUUGAAUAUUUGAGAAAAGUAGAAAAAAAAGCGCGCUCCUAUAAAUAGGAGCAACUUAAAUAAGCUAACCUCUAUUGUUGCUGAUCAGUAUUGUUAUCCCCAUCACAACUUGUUACGUUUCAUGUAUAAUCGAUCUUUUACCUGUGUUGAUAUAAAAUUUGAACUUUGACAGCCGUCAAUAAAUGUUAUGUUUGCAUGUUGUAAUAAGUUAAACUAGUCUAAUCUACAAAAGCUGUUUCAGCGCCAUUCAGAAAAUAUUUAAAUUAACAUUCUAACAGCAAACCACCCAACUAAAUCAUACGAAGCUUAUCAAUUGUAGACUGAAUCGUUCUAAAGCGAGAAAAACUGUUUAUUUUCCCAAUCAAUGUAAAGUUGCAAAAUCCCAGGUAACAGAAACAAUAUAUUUGGUUUCUAGAAUUGUUUUUUUUUUAUUGUAAACUGUUAACUUUUUUUGUGAUCAAGAAACCCAUUUUGAACUCACUGCAGAGUUUUAACAUCUGUUAUCUGUGGGUAAAUGUCGAGUUUUUGCAAACUCCCAAAUGAAUCAGAAAAAUCAUCUUUGAACCCGACAUUCACGUUUUGCAACUCACCCGACAAAAUAUCAAUCCAUGUAAACCCCAAAUAAAACUGAGAAUAAGUGAACCUGCAUGUCAAUAAACCAAUUUAUCGGCGAAACCA